CUCAGCAGCCAGCCCUGCUGAGCAAUAUAAGGGGAGCAGUCAGCCAGGGGUCAGAGAGUCCGAGUGCCUCCUCUCCCGCCGCUGCUAGAUCCAUCUGGAUCCAGCCAAGAUGUCCAUCCACUUGAGCUCCCAGGUGUUCAGCUCGCGCUCGGCCGCCUUCCCCGGACGCAGUCCCCAGGUGCGCCUGAGCUCGGGGCGCCAGGGCGGCUUUGGUAGCAGCAGCCUCUAUGGCCUGGGCGCCUCGCGACCUCGCGUGGCCGUGCGCUCCGCCUAUGGGGGCCCGGUGGGUGCAGGCAUCCGAGAGGUCACCAUCAAUCAGAACUUGCUGGCUCCACUGCGGAUGGACCUCGAUCCCACCAUCCAGCAAGUGCGCCAGGAGGAGCGCGAGCAGAUCAAGACCCUCAACGACAAGUUCGCCUCCUUCAUCGACAAGGUGCGGUUCUUAGAGCAGCAGAACAAGAUGCUAGAGACCAAGUGGUCACUACUGCAGGAGCAGAAGUCAACUAAGAGCAGCCGCCUCCCCAGCAUCUUUGAGACCCAGAUUAAUGGCCUGCGAGGACAGCUGGAGGCACUGCAGAUGGAUGGGGGCCGCCUGGAGGUGGAGCUGCGAAGUAUACAGGACGUGGUGGAGGACUUCAAGAAUAAGUAUGAAGAGGAAAUCAACCAUCGCACCGCUGCUGAGAACGAAUUUGUGGUAUUGAAGAAGGACGUGGAUUCUGCCUUCAUGAACAAAGUAGAAUUGGAGGCCAAGGUGGACAGCCUAAAUGAUGAGAUCAACUUCCUCAAGACUCUUAAUGAGACGGAGUUGGCAGAGCUGCAGUCCCAGAUUUCAGACACGUCCGUGGUGCUGUCCAUGGACAACAGCCGCUCCUUGGACUUGGACAGCAUCAUCGCUGAAGUCAAGGCUAAGUAUGAGGAGAUGGCCAACCGCAGCCGGGCUGACGCCGAGGCCUGGUACCAGACCAAGUUUGAGACUCUCCAGGCUCAGGCUGGGAAGCAUGGAGAUGACCUCCGGAACACCCGCAACGAGAUCGCAGAGAUGAACAGGGCCAUCCAGAAGCUGCAGAGUGAGAUCGACAACACCAAGAACCAGCGUGCCAAGUUGGAGGGUGCCAUUGCUGAGGCUGAGGAGCGUGGGGAGUUGGCCCUCAAGGAUGCGCGAGCCAAGCAAGAGGAGCUGGAGGCCGCCCUGCAGCAGGCCAAGCAGGACAUGGCACGACUGCUGCGGGAGUACCAGGAGCUCAUGAACGUCAAGCUGGCGCUGGACAUCGAGAUCGCCACCUACCGCAAGCUGCUGGAGGGCGAGGAGAGCCGGCUGGUGGGAGAUGGAGCAGGAGCAGUGAACAUCUCUAUGGUGAAUUCCUCCGGGGGCGGCAGCAGAGGGCUGGUCUUCGGAGGAACCAUGGGAAGCAAUGCCCUGAGCUUCUCAAGCAGCGGGGGACCCGGGGCCCUGAAGGCCUAUUCCAUCAGGACCACAUCUGCCACCCGCAGGAGCACCCACAACUGAGCUGUGGGUGUGCAGAGCCCCCUCUUCCUCUGCCCUCAUCGCAGGAGCUGUGGGUGUGCAGAGCACCCUCUACCUCUGCCCUCAUCGCUUCCCAUCCCUGUCCUGAGAUGGAAAAACCACCUCAAACUGGCAUACAAAUAGCUUCAAUAAAGAGCCCCUCAGAGGCUUGGGGUAUCUCUGCAA